AUGCGAACAUUUGUCUCAAUAGCCCAGAAUGCCUGGGGAAUUUUUAUAUCCGAAAGGAAGCCUGGCUGGAAGUAUCUGAUGCAGCUUUUUGCAGUUUGCUCUGUAGUUGGCUUCCUCUCAAGCUUUCUCUUAUUCCUUGGCAUGCACUUCUCCCUGGCACACUACCCUUUGGGUCCCUUAUUGAUUUCUGGAUUCAUCUGGAUCUCGCUUUCUAUCGCGCUCUCCUGUUUCAAGCACCUGCGCUGUUUUAGUGUCCUGUUCCUUCUUUCUUGUGGACUGCAAAAUGGCAGGGAUGCUCUUAUUACUGCUGGCACAGGCAUCGUGGUGGCCGGCAACAUCCAAAAUAUUUUUCACAACCUAAAGGUUCUGGCAGACAGUAUAACCUGUCAUUUGGAGUAUGAGCAAUUUGCCUUGAUAAAAUAUUAUGUUGAGGCAGUAAAAUGGAUUUACGAGGCGGCCAAGCUUUCCUCUGAACUAUCUAAAUACAUAGUGUUCCUAAGGCAUGAAUUCACACCAUCUUAUUCAAUUUCAGAUGAUGCAUUAAAAAAAGAGCUAAAUGACACAAAGCAAGAAAUCCAGGCAGUUGCUAACCAGAUAUCUUUUAUGCUGACUAUACUGCCCUGUAUAGGUCAGAAAGUAUUGCCUAUUGUAGGGAUUUUUCUAGCUUCUUUUGGAACUGGCCUCUUUAUGAAAAAAUUUGUGGGCUCUCACAGUGCCAAAUUUAAGAAUACUUAUAUCACUAAACAGUUCAUUGCAUUUGAUGAGCACCAAAAGCAACAGCAAAGACCCUGCCUCCUGCCACUUAACAGAAAAGAAAGAAAAGAUUAUGUGACAAUCCCAUCUUUCUGCCUCACAAGGAAGGACAGAAAAAACAUGCAGGGUUUUUUUCUCCCUGUAAUUAUUCAUCUUUGCAUCUGGCUUCUGUUUGCUGCAGUAGAUUAUUUGUUUUAUUGGUUAAUUAUUUCUGUGAAUAAACAUCUCCAAGAAGUACCGGAUCUAGAGAUUCAACUCAGUGUCUUUCAGCAAAGGAAUGACAACAGCUUUAUAAGUGGUACAAGACAGCAUAUUGCAAAGACUGAUCCUUUCAAGAUAUCUUUGUUUAAACGCAACUGCAUCCCUCAGCCAGAGCUCGCUCUCUCCACAACAUGGAUCCAGCUUGGAGUCAUCAUCUUCUUCCUAAUAAUUGUUGGGUUAUUCUCUGGCCUCCUCACCCAACUUAAAAUACUCGUGUCAACUUCAUUUUAUCCUGACACUGAGAUGAAACGGAUACAUUAUCUGCAUACGAAAUUACUCAAGAAAAGAGCAAAACUACAAGAGAAAACUGGGAAGCACGUGUUUGCUAGAACGGUUAACUUUUGGUUUCCAAUACUCAAGGCAAGAGAGGCAGUGAGGAAGAAAGAAAGGACCGUGGCAAAUGACAACACAGUGUGA